AUGUGGGGAUGGAACGUUGUAAAAACUGGUGUAGCUAAUUUAUGUGAAGUGAAAUGGUAUAAAAAUGUCUCCAGGAGAUGUAUUAUGCUAGAUAGUUCAAUUCAAAGAAUCCUCGAUUCAUGUCCUCAUCAUGAUGUUAUUGUCGUGGGUGGCGGUCAUGCAGGGUGUGAAGCUGCCACUGGUGCUGCUAGAACAGGUAGUGAUACCCUAUUAAUAACACCAUAUUUAGAUAAGAUUGGUACUUGUUCUUGUAAUCCUAGUAUGGGUGGUGUAGGGAAGGGUACUUUAUUGAGAGAGGUCGAUGCGCUUGAUGGAGUGGUAGCAAGAGUUACUGACUAUGCAGGUAUUCAAUUUAAGAUGUUAAACAGAAGCAAAGGUGCAGCAGUGUGGGGUCCAAGAGCACAAAUUGAUAGAAAAUUGUAUUUAAAGGGGAUACAAGGCAUUUUGAAUAACUAUCCUAAUUUAUCAUUAUCAAGUGGGAAAGUUAAAGAUUUGAUCAUCGAUCCAAGGAAGAAGCAUGUCUGUGGUGUAAUUUUGGAUAAUGAAAGUAACCAAAUUUUGAGUGCUAAGACUGUGGUUAUUACAACAGGAACAUUUCUCAAUGGUGAGAUUCAUAUUGGUUUGAAAAGUUUUCCUGCAGGUAGAAUCAAUGAAGAUCCAACAUACGGGAUCAGUGACACCUUAAAUGAAUUAGGUUUUAAAUUAGGUAGAUUAAAGACUGGUACUCCGGCAAGGUUAGAUAGAUCAAGUAUUAAUUUCAAUGGACUGGAGAUUCAAGAAGGUGAUAAAGAUCCAUAUUCCAUGAGUUUCUUAAAUGAGGAAGUCUCCAUCAAGGAUCAAUUGCACUGUUAUGGGACAAGAACAAAUAAUCAAUUGCAUAAUUAUAUUUUACAAAAUUUAUCGCAGAGUAUUCAUAUUAAAGAAACUGUAAAGGGACCCAGAUACUGUCCUUCCAUAGAAGCAAAAGUGUUAAGGUUUAUUGAUAAAGAAUCACAUAAAAUUUGGUUAGAACCUGAAGGAUUAGAUUCCAAUGUUAUUUACCCCAAUGGGAUAUCCAAUUCCAUGCCUGAAGAUGUUCAAUUGAAAAUGUUACGGAUGGUAAGGGGUCUUGAAAAUGUCAGAAUUUUACAACCUGCGUAUGGUGUUGAAUAUGAUUAUAUUGAUCCCAGACAAUUGAAACAGACAUUAGAGACUAAGCUGGUGAAAGGGUUAUUUUUAGCAGGACAAAUUAAUGGUACUACUGGGUAUGAAGAAGCGUGUGCUCAAGGUGUUGUUGCUGGUAUCAAUGCGGGGCUGGUUGCCAGGAAGAAACCAACUCUAAAAUUGACUCGCUCUGAUUCAUAUAUUGGUGUAUUAAUUGAUGAUUUAAUUACUAAAGGUAUCGAGGAACCAUAUAGAAUGUUUACAUCACGUUCUGAAUUUAGAUUAAGUGUUAGAGCGGAUAAUGCAGAUUUUCGAUUAACCUCAAAGGGGUAUGAUUUAGGAGUCAUAACAUCCAAAAGAUGGAACAAAUUUCAAUCAGAUAAAUCUGUGUAUGAUUCACUAAAGAGAAAACUGGAAACGUUUUCUUUAAGUUCUGCUAGAUGGUCUAGCUAUUUAAAUAUCCCAAUUGGGAAUUCGUCAACAAAGAACUCAGCAUGGAAGAUGUUCCGUUUUGAAGGAGUCUCUUUACAACUAUUGUCCAAAGUAAUACCAGACUUAAAUAUAAAUUAUAAGGAGAUACCAAGACAUAUUGCUUUGAAAGUGGAUGUCCAAGCAAAAUAUGAACCCUAUCUUGUAAAACAGAAUCAAUUUGUAAGAGCGUUUCAUGCAGAUGAAAUGAUUACAUUGCCUCCAGAUUUUGACUAUAGUAGUAUUCCUAGUGUAUCAACAGAAUGUAAGAUGUUAUUAAAUACAGUGAAACCCACUACAAUUGGACAAGCACGUAGAAUUCAAGGUAUGACACCAGCUGCCAUCUUUGAACUAUACAAAAUCGCCAAGAAGCAUAGGUGA